AUGAAGCGGCCGGCUGCUGCUGCUGAGAUUUCCGGCGACUCCGGCACCAAGAAGAAAGCGAGCAAGAAUGGUUCGAAGAAGAAGCCGGCUGGUGCUGCUUCGACAGCCAGCAGCUUGCAGCGGGCUGUGGAGGAUGCUGUUGGUGAGACAAAACAUGGGGAGGCCCACGACGAUGAUGAGGGCGGCGACAACGAUGGUGGUGGUUGCAUCGUUCGCCGCGACAAGGGAAAGGGUGAGAAAUUCGCUGCGAUGCUCAAGGCGAAUGCCCUGCCGCCCCACAUUGAGCACCUCUACAACGUGGUGGCGAAGUCGAAGUCCUCCCCUAGGGAGUUUCGAACAAGUAUCAUAAACUCAUUAUUUAUCAAGAGAUCCAACGGUCGCUACGAGUUAGACGAUUCCAAACCACUGUUUGUCGAAUCCAAAGAGGUCUACGAGCGGAAGUUCGGCCGGGACACUUCCACAGCCUACCCUCGCCUAGUGAUGAGAGGCAUGUUCUUCGCCAAUUGCGAGACGGCGAUGCAACAGGCGAUCGAGGCGGGAGACAUCACAGAGGUGGCAGACCCCUCUGGGAAGGAUCCCGGCACCAAGUACUACUCCUUCCGGAAGAUCACCGUGGGCACUGAGCAUGGCACCACUCACCGGCAGAACCUGGAGAAGAAAAAGACGGCGACAAAGGAGCAGGCCCACAGCCUCGGCGACAUGAUCCUGGCCCUGGGUUGGACUUUCCAGUACAAGGGCCACGAGAAGAUCGAGCCUGGGGCGAAGAUGCCGGCAUCGAUGGUGGGCCUGUUGAACCAGGCAGUCGAUGCCAACACAAAGCUCAACACCGAGGCCUUGAAGCUGAUGCCCAAGCUGGAGAGCAGCUCCCCUGACAACUUCGCUGCCCUGAAGAAGAACUACAUCGCCAGCACCAAGCAUGUUGCCGACAUGAAGCACAUGCUGCAUUUCAAAGAGCACCCGGAUGGCGGCCAAACACUCAGCAAGGCCACCUUCGAUGCCUUCAUGGUCGCAGUGGCCACCGACACCAAGGCCUUCAACGAGGAGGUUGAGGUUGCCAAGGCCCGACUUCGUGCAAAGGUUGUUGACCCGUUUUGGCCCCAGACGGUGCAAGAGUUGGCCAAGGCGGCCUGCCGAGAUGUGCUGGCAGCUUUGUCUUCUGCUGCCAGAAAACGUGGUCAUCGUGACGAGGAGGAUGAUGAGGUGGCUGAAACUCCCCCUGCUCUUUUUGUGCCGGAGCUGGACGUGUUGGGCAAGCUGGGAUCAUCUGGCCAGUACCCGAACAAGAUUUAUGGCGAGUUGAUGGCAAAGGCCGAGGCUAUGGUGAAGCUCCCGGCCUGCUCUGUGCACCACUUCAGCUUCCUGAAGCCUCGACAGGCCGACUUCAAGCAGCUGGUCAUGUUACCACACGUUUUGUUUGCACAUAUGUAUCACAACGAGAAGCACAUGUGGCAGAAAGUUGUCCACGGCACACCCGAAAGAUUGGAGCAAUUCUGGGCAGCUGUGAAAGCCGACCCUCCUCACCCAGCAUGGGUGAAUCAUCCUCUUCGCUUGCAAGAGGAAGCCGGUGAGCGAAGCACCAGCAAAUGCAUCGCCUUGUCACUGCAUGGCGAUGAAGUGCCAGUAGCAGGCCUCGGAAAGGUCUGGGGCCGGAAGAUGGUAAACUUCUCCUACAGCUCGCUGACAGGGCUUGGCUCCACCAAGAACAGCCAGUUCUGGAUUUGGGGGCUGUUCGAGAAGGUUGGUGUCAAAAAUGGCCCAAACAGCACACUGGGCCAGUUCUUCAAGGUGCUGAGGUACAGCCUCUACUGGCUCUGGCUUGGGCGGUGGCCCGAUGUGGAUGCCAGUGGCGAGCCGUUCCCAGCCGGCUCCUUGGAACGACAUCUGGCCGGCAGACCUUUGGCAGAUGGGUGGUUUGCUGUCCUGUGGUCGGUGAUCGGCGACUUAGACUACCUGGCGACAAUCUUGCAGCUCCCCUCUCACAAUGCCAGCCAGUGCUGUGCUCUGUGCAAGGCCACUUUGGCUGGAGCAAACAGCUGGUCCGACUUCCGGGCCACGGCUCCGUGGAGGGCCACACAGUGGACCUAUGAGUCCUGGCGGGCUUGGGAGGGCAGGUCUCCCAAUCCACUCUUCACCCUUCCCGGGGUCAGUGCUUUGUCGGUGCAUUUGGAUUGGCUGCAUUCGAAAUAUCUAGGCAUCGACCAGUUCACUUUCGGAUCCGUACUCACCCUAUUGACAUGCCAAAUGAUGCCAGCUUCAGAGCAGACAAAUCUGAAUAGCUGCUGGGACUUCAUUGUGGCCUACUAUCGAGAGCACAAGACCAAGGUGAGAUUUUCCUAUUUGAAUCGCCUCACGAUGUUUCUCCGGCAGUCUGGGUGCCCGAAACUCAGAGGGAAGGCUGCAGAAAUUCGCCACUUCGUGCACCCGGUCCUGGCGCUAUGGAAACACCAUAUGAAUGGUGCUCUGCUCCUCCACCGGCAAAUUCGGUACAUGCUGGAGGCUAAUGCAUUCUUGGAAGACAUGCUCACGGAAUAUGAGCAGGAGGUAGCUUUGCCGGCUGAGCAAGCCGCCCUUUUCCAAGAUGCCUGCUGUACAAUGCUGUCGUUACAUGGUCAAAUCGCGAAGCACUUUGCCGACGAGGGCUUGGACCUGUUCAACUUGACAUCGAAGUCUCACAUGGUGCAGCACAUAGCUUUGCUGGCCCGAUGUGUGUCGCCACGACAGGUGUGGUGUUUCGUCGGAGAGGAUUUUCAAAUGAAAAUCCAGCGACUUGCAAUGGCAAGUAUGAAGGGCAACAGCCCUCCUGGGGCUGCCAACAAGAUGAUGCGGCACUAUAGGCUGGCACUGGACCUCGUGUCCCGAAAGGAGCAUGAUGAAGCCGAAAUCUUUUGA